CUUAAACUCCCACACACGCAACAGACAUUAAUCAAAUUUUUGAGAUUACAUAAAGGAAUUUUUUAAAACUCAUCUGCAACUUUCUUCCACGAUCAGCAUAACACAAUAAUCCUGCAGUUUCUUUAUUUAUCUCUAUGUACCGAUAUCCUGAAGUUGAUGAAGAUAGAGCUGUACCACUAUUAAAAUAACACCUUUAUAGAUGAUUUCACAUAUUUCCUACAGCAGAUUUAUCUCGAGUGGAUAUUGUAUUCGAUAUUUUUAUGAAAUAUUUCCAUUGGCAAAAUAUUUAUAACAAUUGGAUGUAACAAUUUCUUAAUGUACAGUAAAUAUUUGCAAAAACUCAAAAAUUAUUACAACCCAUUUCUUUGAUUUUUUUCAGACAGAGAAUAUGGCAUCUUAUUAUAGUUCCUAUGAGAAGGAUGAAGGCCGAUAUCCUUGUGUCAAGAGAGUGUAUGUAGGAAAAGAACAUGUAGAUUUCUCGUACCAAUUUGUCAAGGACAGCAGGAGCAGAUAUAACAUUUCAUCAGGCCAAGAUCAGGAGUACAUCAAAAAGGACAGUUCUAGCAAACAAAUUGUAAAAGAUAUAUCUAAGAAGUUAAUUGGGGAUCCUAAAAAAUAUAUAAAUUAUUAUCACUUGCACGGCGCAUGUUUGAUGCAAUCUGGUGGUUUCAAAAUCUCAAUAUCCUCCUGGCAGGAACAACCACGUGUACCAUCAUCAGAUGAACCAGACGAUGAUAGCAGCGUUUUUUAUAAUUAUAUUGAUCUCGAGUUUGAUAAAGCCGUAUAUCCGAUCAGAGUUUCUAUAUAUGAAAUGUAUCGUCCUGGGUAUAUCACUCAAAUUUGGGCUCACAAUUCUCAAGAAAAUCGGUGGUUUCCAUUAUGGACUG